GAAAUCCGGCGUCCGACACUGAGUGGAAGUCUCAGAUCGCGACGACGAACAAUUUCACUACACUGGUACGCAUUCAUAUCUAACCAAAAUCCUCCCCUCUCUCUCUCUCUCUCUCCGUGGAUGAGCUUUCCAUUCUUCUGAGAAUUAGAUCUUUGCAUUUCCGAAGUUUUUGUAUCUGUGGAGCCCUAAAGUCCUUUCAAUAUUGAAAGAAUUCUCCUCGACGUAUGAAGUUAGAAGUGAAUCGAAUUGUCCAAAACGCAGGAGUUCUUCGUAUUUUUCUUUUUAAAUUAUUUGUUGUUGGGAGUUCGAUCGAUUCAAUUGAGGAGAUUAGUUGCCAUUUUAGCGAUCUGAAUUGCGAGCCGGCGCAAUCUGAGACGCAAAAGCAUUGCUAACCGUGAUCGCCGGAUCCUCGUGGUUAACUCAUGGGAGCAUAGUUAUCGCGAGGUCAUAGAGGGAGUGAACGAAGCCAAUGGGGACUGAAAAUUCUGGUCGUCCAAAUUUCCCGGUGAGACCAGCCGCUACGCCCUUUGCAGCUGCUGCUCCCCCUACUGCGAUGCCCUUUUCGUCAUCUGGGCCUGUACCCGGAUCAGUGCCCUCUGGUUUUAGACCAACUCCACAAGCUCCAGCUGCUCCCCAGACUAGCCCGACACCCUUUUCAUCAUAUGGAGCGGUGUCAGGAUCCAUACCCUCUGGGUUUAGACCUACACCUCCAGCUCCUCCACCAUCAUCAUAUGCCCAAAUCCCACCCGCCGUAGGACCUUUCCAUCGUUUCCCAACACCUCAAUUUCCUCCAGCAGCUCAAGCUCCUGUUGCACGCACCCCGCCUGUGGGGCAACCCCUAAUUCAACCUUCCAUGAGUCAUGGUUUUGCUCCACCAGCCUCAUCCUGGCCACAACCCCCUGUGCCAAUGGGAUCUCCUCCUCAAAGUGUAAAUCUUGCACCACCAACUGUGAAUGUUCGUCAGUCUCAGCUCCCAUUAGAUUCGUCAUUUCCAGCUUCUAGACCAACCCUGCAGCCAUCUUCACCCCCUUUGGGGUCUUCUUACACUGCAGCCAGAGCCCCACUGCAGCCAGCUCUCCCUGGAUACCCAAGUAAGCAAUAUAAUGCAGCUCCCCAAGCUCCACCCAUGCAAUCUUCUUUUUCUAAUCAAGGAGGUUAUGUAGUUGCACCACCUGCACCAUCUCCUCAUUUUCUAGCUCAUCAAGGAGGUUAUAUUCCACCUCAACAGGCAGUAGCUCCUCCAGGACUGCAUUCGAGGGAACAAAUGCAACAUGUAGGCUCUGGACCCCCCAUAGGUGGUGCUGUUCAAGGCUUGAUAGAAGACUUCAGCUCACUGUCAGUUGGAUCUGUUCCUGGAUCAAUGGAUGCAGGACUCGAUUCUAAAGCAUUGCCAAGGCCAUUGGAUGGUGAUGUAGAACCCAGUUCCUUUACUGAGACAUACCCCCUAAAUUGCACUUCUAGAUAUUUGCGGCUUACAACUACUGCCAUACCAAAUUCUCAGUCAUUGCUCUCAAGAUGGCAUUUACCUCUAGGAGCUGUUGUUUGUCCUCUUGCUGAGGUUCCCAAAGGGGAAGAAGUUCCGAUAGUUAAUUUUGCUUCAACUGGCAUUAUUCGUUGUAGAAGAUGCCGCACAUAUGUGAAUCCAUACAUAUCAUUCACCGAUGGUGGAAGAAAGUGGCGUUGUAACAUCUGUGCUUUGCUUAAUGAUGUUCCUGGUGAUUAUUUUGCUCAUUUGGAUGCCAGUGGUAGGAGAAUGGAUUUCGAUAAGCGGCCUGAGCUAACUAAGGGUAGUGUUGAGUUUGUUGCUCCAACUGAAUAUAUGGUGCGGCCUCCAAUGCCACCUCUUUAUUUUUUUCUCAUUGAUGUAUCCAUAUCAGCAGUUAGAAGUGGUAUGCUUGAGAUUGCAGCACAAACUAUUAAGUCUUGUCUGGAUGAUUUGCCUGGGUUCCCCAGAACGCAGAUUGGGGUCAUAACUUUUGACAGCACAAUACACUUUUAUAAUAUGAAGUCAUCUUUGACCCAGCCUCAAAUGAUGGUGGUCUCAGAUCUGGAUGAUAUAUUUGUUCCAUUGCCAGAUGAUCUCCUUGUCAACUUAUCUGAAUCCAGAAAUGUUGUGGAAACAUUCCUGGAUAGCUUGCCUUCCAUGUUUCAGGACAACAUGAAUAUGGAAUCUGCUUUUGGACCAGCUCUUAAAGCGGCAUUCAUGGUUAUGAGCCAACUUGGGGGUAAAUUGAUGAUUUUCCAGAGUACGCUGCCAUCUCUUGGUGUCGGCCGCUUAAGAUUGCGUGGAGAUGAUCUUCGAGUUUAUGGAACGGAUAAAGAACAUGCAUUAAGGAUACCAGAAGAUCCAUUUUAUAAGCAAAUGGCUGCUGAUCUUACAAAGUUCCAGAUUGGGGUGAACGUUUAUGCAUUUAGUGACAAGUAUACAGACAUAGCCUCUCUAGGAACUUUGGCAAAGUAUACCGGCGGUCAGGUGUACUACUACCCAGCAUUCCAGUCAGCCAUUCACAAAGAAAAGUUGAGACAUGAAUUAGCCAGAGAUCUUACAAGGGAAACUGCUUGGGAAGCUGUCAUGCGAAUAAGAUGUGGAAAGGGGGUGCGAUUUACAACUUAUCAUGGUAAUUUUAUGCUAAGGUCCACUGACUUACUAGCCCUCCCUGCUGUGGACUGUGAUAAAGCUUUCGCAAUGCAGUUAUGUCUUGAAGAGACAUUAUUGACAACUCCAACUGUAUAUUUCCAAGUUGCUCUGCUAUACACUUCAUCUUCUGGAGAAAGGCGGAUCCGAGUACACACAGCAGCAGCACCAGUAGUUGCAGAUCUGGGAGAGAUGUACCGCCAGGCUGACACGGGUGCCAUUGUUUCUUUGUUGAGUAGGCUCGCAAUUGAGAAAACUUUGUCCCACAAGCUGGAAGAUGCUCGAAACUCUGUGCAACAAAGGAUUGUCAAAGCCCUAAAAGAAUAUAGAAAUCUCUAUUCUGUGCAGCAUCGCCUGGGGGGCAGGAUGAUAUAUCCUGAAUCUUUGAAGUUUUUGCCUUUGUAUGGACUGGCACUUUGUAAGUCAACACCGCUCCGUGGAGGGUAUGCUGAUGCUCAGGUUGAUGAGCGCUGUGCAGCAGGGUAUACUAUGAUGGCAUUACCUGUUAAACGAUUAUUGAGGCUUCUGUAUCCUAGCUUGAUUCGGAUUGAUGAGUAUCUUUCAAAGGCAUCUUCUCAGCCUGAUGAGAGCAAAAACAUCUUGAAAAGGUUACCAUUAACCAUGGAGAGCUUAGAUUCCAGAGGCAUUUAUGUUUACGAUGAUGGUUUUCGAUUUAUUAUAUGGUUUGGUAGAAUGCUUCCACCAGAUACAGCUAUGAAUGUACUUGGAGUGGAUUUUGCUGUUGAUUUGUCAAGGGUAAGCCUCUGUGAGCGUGAUAAUGAGAUGUCCAGAAAGCUAAUGGGUGUGCUUAAUAAAUUAAGGGAACGCGACCCUUCAUAUUAUCAGUUGUCUCAUCUUGUACGGCAAGGUGAACAACCCAGGGAAGGUCUUCUUCUACUUGCAAACCUUGUUGACGACCAGUCUGGGGGCACCAACGGCUAUGUUGAUUGGGUGCUGCAAAUACACCGGCAAAUUCAGCAAAAUGCUUGAUAUACGGGGGGAUUAUCAUUGGCAUGAUCAGUCAUCUCCAUCCAAGCAAAAAAUGAGUGAAUAAUUUGUUCUACCUGGGGAAUAAUCUUACUUCGGUUGUGCGAUUCAUCCCAAGAUUAUGGAUGGUUGAGUUGAUGCAAUUGAUCACUUUGAGAUAGAUUUGCAUGGAAGAAAUUGUUGGUUUUUUGUUACGGGGUAAAAUAAUUAGGCAAGAUGUACUUCUGUUGUUAUAUUGUGCUCUCUGUCUUCAUAUUGACAAUAGCAAAAGGUAAAAUUUUGUGGGUGUAUUUCAACUCGUCAGCAAUUUUCCUAUUUAUUCUUCUCUUCAUCCUCACAUUCUGCAUUAUGAUUAUUAUUUUUUUCUUUUUUAGCUGCAAUUGUUGUUUACUAGAUUGUUGGAUUUUGUUUGGCUACAAUUGUAAGCUUAUUCAGAUGUCCAAUGCUCCCUAUUCUCAUUUGGUUAUUGUUCCUGUACAAUUGACAGUUUAUUCAGAUGUGAACCAUUUUGGCC